AUGUUCAGACUACAAGCUUUGACACGUACCGUUCUCAAGCUGACACAUCCGACGCGGCCAUUGGUUUUAAAAAGACCAUUUAGACGAGGAGCUAAUAACGUCGAACUGGAUCCCAUCGCUUUAAAUGAAGCUCGAGAUUGGAAAAAAUCGGCAACUGUUAAUAUUCUGCCACUCGGACAAACAGUCUACUCCAGGUCUAGUGGACCGGGAGGUCAACAUGUGAACAAGUGCGUUUACUGCGCAUUAUCUUCCGCCUCGCGACUCCAGCUACUGACGAGAGACCUAAGAACUGAGAGUAAAGCUACAACUACAUGGUCACUCGAUGUGCUGCUUCCGUGUUUACCCAAAGUACUACACAGCAGUCUCAAAGAAUCCAAGUACUAUGUCAAGGGGACAAACUCGAUAGCAAUGCAAGCUCAAACGUCACGGAGUCGCGAUGUGAAUACUCAAGAGAAUCACAACAAACUUUUUGAAGAGAUCCAGCGCAUAUAUUCAGCCACGGUUCCGGGAGAAACUACGCAAGCAACCACUGAUAAAUAUAAAGCAUUGUGA